GAGAGCGUCGUUCAGCAAACAUGGCGGCCUCCAAUGGGAGAACCGUGGGAUCUUUUCUCUGGAAAUGCGGCAAUUGCUGCUACAAUUUUAACACAGUCUCGUCAAAUUUAACACGUCAGGUAAAGCCAAGAGUUUCAUUCGGCAUGUUUUCACUUUUUCACGUUAAUGACAACGGGGCUGCACGAGUUGCACUGCAGAGAAGGGCUGAGUCGUCCUUGAAUUAGCUAAGCGCUAGCAGCAAUGCACUGCCUUGUCAGCUGGCUCACAUGUAAACUGUCAUUGAAGUUAGACAGUCAGCUAGUUGACGUUCUAGAUAUUGUUCUUCUUGUCUCAACAUGCAUGCCAUAAUGGACAUAGCUAGCUACAUGAACAUAGUGGUCAUACAAGUCGCAAUAUUUUGGUUUAGUAGAACGUUAGUUAGCUAAGCCUCCAGAACUUGUUUAUAUAGCUAGCUCGCUAGCUAUACUAUGUUAGCCCAAUGUGAGUCCCAUGUACUAGUGGAUACCUUGCUGUCAAAUGCACAUCAGUUGGUCUAUUUGUCAAUGCCAAAUCGCACCCUUUCAGACUAAUUUAAUGCACCUAAAAUACCAGAGCCACCUGCAGAGAUUGUCUAUUAGCCAAGAUAACUGACAUUAAUCUAUCCCUGUCAAAACCAAGGCCCAGGGUUAUAAAAGCACCAGUUCUAUACUACAGUAUGUAUCCUAACAUAAGAACCUCCUCUCUCCCCCACCCCAGGUGCUGUCCAGACAGCUAUGUGUGAGCUCUGUGCUCCACAGGAAGAACCUGGCUGCAGCAGGCCCAGAGAAGUUCUCAGAGGAGUUCAUCAAGAAGCAGGUGGAGGAGUUCAACAUCGGGAAGAGACAUCUAGCCAACAUGAUGGGAGAGGACCCUGAGACCUUCACUCAGGGGGACAUUGAUGUAAGAAAGACUGCACUGAUGUGUAACGAGGGGUGUACAACUCCUAUCUUUUGCUGGGGGGAUGCAGUGUAAACGCUAGAGGGAUGCAGUGUAAUGCUGUUUUUUGUCCUUACCCUACAUUUACAUUUACAUUUACGUCAUUUAGCAGACACUCUUAUCCAGAGCGACUUACCCUACAAUCAGAGACUGAUUCAUACCUCAAUAAGUCUAUGGUGUCCACCCUCAAAACUCAAUUGAGAUAUGCAUGGCACCUUAUUUAGAGUAGAUAAAUUAUGCUAUCUUUCACAGAGGAGAUGUCGCAUGCAUUUAAGGUGGUUUUCCAGCUAUAUUAGCCUAAUUCCCCAACAGUAGUUGAGAACCCACUCUGGUCUGUCUCCACAUGCCAUCAGCAGCAUCUGGUGGAGCCGAUCACACAGACAGACACUCUAACAGUCACCAGCAGAGGCCAGCACUGUGUAAUGUGGUGUGUCCAGUCUAUUAGCAACGCCUAACACACACACACAGACAUCUCAUGUUUUAUUCAUUAUGAAGGGAGAAUGCAUUAGCUUCAUUUGCCCCACUCAUUUAGUUUGAUUUCCCAUGAUUCUUCACUUCCUGGCGGUCUCUAAACCUCAUUCUAUGUAAUGAACAGAACUGUUAGCACUUAGCUGUGUAAAACAGUUUGUGGUCAUACGCACAUCCUUAAAACACCUAGGUGCUGGGCUAAGGAAGUAUAAUUGAAAUGAACAGAAAGUCCCUCACACUGAAUUUUCCCCCAAUUACUACCUUUAAUGACAACGUUUCGAUCCAACACGGAUCUUCGUCAGGUCAAGCAGACUGCGUGAUCCCAUCCCCAAAUAUAUCCACAUUUCACCCCACAUAGUCAUUCGUGGGUUUGUAUGCUAUACAACACAUGGCUUUACAAAAAGCAACACUUUAUGCAUAUUAAAUAAUCAGUGAGGUAGGUACAUCAAUAAUUAAAUUAAUAUGUACAAUCAGGCCGGGUUUGAACCUAGACAGCAGUAAGGGAAGAUUACAUUAAAAACUCAAACACCCACCCACUUUACCAUUAUGCGUGGGACGCACCGUAGCCGUGCAUAUAAUUAGAGUGACCUACAGUACCAGUCAAAAGUUUGGACAUACCUACUCAUUCCAGGGUUUUUCUUUAUUUUUACUAUUUUGUACAUUGUAGAAUAAUAGUGAAGACAUCAAAACUAUGAAAAAACACAAAUGGAAUCAUGUAGUAACCAAAAAAGUGUUAAACAAAUCAAAAUAUAUUUUAUAUUUGAGAUUCUUCAAAUAGCCACCCUUUGCCUUGAUGACAGCUUUGCACAUUCUUGGCAUUCUCUCAAACAGCUUCAUGAGGUAGUCACCUGGAAUGCAUUUCAAUUAACAGGUGUGCCUUCUUAAAAGUUAAUUUGUGGAAUUUCUUUCCUUCUGAAUGCAUUUGAGCCAAUCAGUUUUGUUGUGACAAGGUAUGGGGGUAUACAGAAGAUAGCCCUAUUUGGUAAAAGACCAAGUCCAUAUUAUGGCAAGAAUAGCUCAAAUAAGCAAAGAGAAACGACAGUCCAUUAUUACUUUAAAACAUGAAGGUCAGUCAAUCCGUAACAUUUCAAGGAUGUCAUACGCACAUCCUUAAAACACCUAGGUGCUGGGCUAAGGAAGUAUAAUUGAAAUGAACAGAAAGUCCCUCACACUGAAUUUUCCCCCAAUUACUACCUUUAAUGACAACGUUUCGAUCCAACACGGAUCUUCGUCAGGUCAAGCAGACUGCGUGAUCCCAUCCCCAAAUAUAUCCACAUUUCACCCCACAUAGUAAUUCGUGGGUUUGUAUGCUAUACAACACAUGGCUGUACAAAAAGCAACACUUUAUGCAUAUUAAAUAAUCAGUGAGGUAGGUACAUCAAUAAUUAAAUUAAUAUGUACAAUCAGGCCGGGUUUGAACCUAGACAGCAGUAAGGGAAGAUUACAUUAAAAACUCAAACACCCACCCACUUUACCAUUAUGCGUGGGACGCACCGUGGUCGUGCAUAUAAUUAGAGUGACCUACAGUACCAGUCAAAAGUUUGGACAUACCUACUCAUUCCAGGGUUUUUCUUUAUUUUUACUAUUUUGUACAUUGUAGAAUAAUAGUGAAGACAUCAAAACUAUGAAAAAACACAAAUGGAAUCAUGUAGUAACCAAAAAAGUGUUAAACAAAUCAAAAUAUAUUUUAUAUUUGAGAUUCUUCAAAUAGCCACCCUUUGCCUUGAUGACAGCUUUGCACAUUCUUGGCAUUCUCUCAAACAGCUUCAUGAGGUAGUCACCUGGAAUGCAUUUCAAUUAACAGGUGUGCCUUCUUAAAAGUUAAUUUGUGGAAUUUCUUUCCUUCUGAAUGCAUUUGAGCCAAUCAGUUUUGUUGUGACAAGGUAUGGGGGUAUACAGAAGAUAGCCCUAUUUGGUAAAAGACCAAGUCCAUAUUAUGGCAAGAAUAGCUCAAAUAAGCAAAGAGAAACGACAGUCCAUUAUUACUUUAAAACAUGAAGGUCAGUCAAUCCGUAACAUUUCAAGAACAUUGAACGUUUCUUCAAGUGCAGUCGCAAAAACCAUCAAGCGCUAUGAUGAAACUGGCUCUCAUGAGGACCUCCACAGGAAUGGAAGACCCAGAGUUAACUCUGCUGCAGAGGAUAAGUUAAUUAGAGUUGCCACCCUCAGAAAUUGCAGCCCAAAUAAAUGCUUCACAGAGUUUAAGUAACAGACACAUCUCAACAUCAACUGUUCAGAGGGGACUGUGUGAAUCAGGCCUUCAUGGUCGAAUUGCUGCAAAGAAACCACUACUAAAGGACACCAAUAAGAAGAAGAGACCUGCUUGGGCCAAGAAACACGAGCAAUAUACAUUAGACCAGUGGAAAUUGGUCCUUUGGUCUGGAGUCAAAAUUUGAGAUUUUUGGUUCCAACCGCCGUGUCUUUGUGAGAUGCGGUGUGGGUGAACGGAUGAUCUCCGCAUGUGUAUUUCCCACUGUAAAGCAUGGAGGAGGAGGUGUUAUGGUGUGGGGGUGCUUUGCUGGUGACACUGUCUGAUUUAUUUAGAAUUCAAGGCACAGUUAACCAACAUGGCUACCACAGCAUUCUACAGCGAUACGCCAUCCCAUCUGGUUUGGGCUUAGUGGGACGAUUAUUUGUUUUUCAACAGGACAAUGACCCAACACACCUCCAGGCUGUGUACAGGCUAUUUUACCAAGAAGGAGAGUGAUGGAGUGCUGCAUCAGAUUACCUGGCCUCCACAAUCCCCCGACCUCAACCCAAUGGAGAUGGUUUGGGAUGAGUCAGACCGCAGAGUGAAAGAAAAGCAGCCAAGAAGUGCUCAGCAUAUGUGGGAACUCCUUCAAGACUGUUGGAAAAGCAUUCCAGGUGAAGCUGGUUGAGAGAAUGCCAAGAGUGUGCAAAGCUGUCAUCAAGGCAAUGGGUGGCUAUUUGAAGAUUCUCAAAUAUAAAAUAUACUUUGAUUUGUUUAACACUUUUUUUGGUUACUACAUGAUUCCAUAUGUGUUAAUUCAUAAUUUUGAUGUCUUCACUAUUAUUCUACAAUGUAAAAAAUAGUAAAGAUAAAGAAAAACCCUUGAAUGAGUAGGUGUGUCCAAACUUUUGACUGGUCGUGUACUUCAAAACAACUUGUGUACCUCUAAUAUUCUGGUAUACAUAAGAUGUGCACAUAUAGUCAUUAUGAAAAUAUACAAUAACACCUGGAUCUGAUCACACAGACAGACUCUAAGUCACCAGCAGGGCCCAGCACUGUGUAAUGUGGUGUGUCCACUGUAUUAGCAACGCCUAACACACAUCCCAUGUUUUAUUCAUUACAAAGAGGGAAUGAAUUAGCUUCGUUUGCCCCACUCAUUUAGUUUGAUUUCCCAUGAUUCUUCACUUCCUGGCGGUCUCUAACCCUCAUCCUAUCUAAUGAAUAGAGCUGUUAGCAGUGGGCUGUCUAACAGGAAGGGACAUGGAGCAUUCCGUCCUCAGAUGAGUGGAGGAGAGGGAGAGAGGUGGAGACUGGAGAGGGUAUGGGGGAGACUGGAGAGGGAAUGGAUAAGACUUGAGGGGGAGGGGGGAGACUGGAGGGGGUAUGGGGAAACUGGAGAGGGAAUGGGGGAGACUGGAGAGGGAAUGGAUAAGACUUGAGGGGGAGGGGGGAGACUGGAGGGGGAAUGGGGAAACUGGAGGGGGGGAAUGGGGGAGACUGUAGGGGGAAUUAGGGGAGACUCGAGGGGAAAUGGGGAGACUUGCACCUGUGUGUUGUUGUUGACUCUGGUUCAGUUGACUCUGGUUCAGUUGACUGUGGUUCAGUUGACUCUGAUUCAGUUGACGUGACAUCCCUAUUAGUGCAAACAAUGGAGGUGUUAGCAGUUGAGAUAAGAAAAGUGAAACUUAGUUUCUAAAGUAACCACUGUGCAGAAACUAUUGUGUACCAGUACUCUCUUUCCGCUCUCUCUCUCUCUCUCGCUCUCUCUCUCUCUCUCUUGUUUAUUGACAUCGAUGGAGUUUAGACAGAGUGGAGGAAUCUAGAGUACUGUGAACAACACUGUGAAAUGUGUGGCAGGGAGAAGGUCUCUCCUUUCCCCCCUCUCUGUCUCUCCCUAGGGGACUCUGCCAUAUUGCAGCCUAUGGUAUGAAAUGAACAGGUGCUGCCUUCAUCUGGCAUAGUGUUCCACUCUCCUCCUCCCCUGUCUUCUUUUUUUAUACCUCCCACUCACCUGGCUCUCUCUCUUCCACCUCUCACUCUCCUUCCCGCCCUCCCUCUCUCUCUCUUUGAUUCCCCUCGUGUUGACAGCCCAAAAGGCUGCAGCAUGAUUUCUCCUUCUAGCAGCUGUUCCCUCUCUUAAUUGAGCAGACAGAGUGAAGGAGGAAAAUAAGUUAAAGAUGAGGGAGAGGAAGGAUGAACAGCCUGGCUGGAGAAGAGUGGCAGGGUGGACACUACCUGUCUGUCCCCCUCUCCUGCCACACAGAAACGCACACACACACCUUCAGACUCACUCUCCCACACACACCCUUCCCUGUCAAGAGUAGGACCAUCUGUAGCAGCACUAAUGACCUGGCUCCACUCUGCUGCCUUCACAAGGAGACUGGCUGUGAGUGUGUGAACUUAGGGUGAACUGGUGACUCUAGUCUGUCCUCUGGUUCCUGUCACCUAGCUGUUAGUUUGUUCUCUCUCUCCCCUCUAACCUUCACUGCCUCUCUCUAGGAAUUUCCCUCUAGCCUUUAUCUGAACUCUUACAAGACUUGAGCGUCUCCUCUCUAACCUGUUAGCUAAGCCUGCUACUGUCAUUUACCCCUGUUCAGAUCUAGCUGUUUAAACUAAAGGUUUCUCCCUGUUCAGAUCUAGCUGUUUAAACUAAAGGUUUCUCCCUGUUCAGAUCUAGCUGUUUAAACUAAAGGUUUCUCCCUGUUCAGAUCUAGCUGUUUAAACUAAAGGUUUCUCCCUGUUCAGAUCUAGCUGUUUAAACUAAAGGUUCUCCCUGUUCAGAUCUAGCUGUUUAAACUAAAGGUUUCUCCCUGUUCAGAUCUAGCUGUUUAAACUAAAGGUUUCUCCCUGUUCAGAUCUAGCUGUUUAAACUAAAGGUUCUCCCUGUUCAGAUCUAGCUGUUUAAACUAAAGGUUCUCCCUCAAUCUUUGGGAUAUGUUAAUGACAUUUGACUUCUCUCCUCUUUCUGUCCCAGAGAAGCAUUGCAUACCUGUUCCCCUCCGGCCUGUUUGACAACAAAGCCAAACCACUGAUGAAGGUAAGACUAGACUUCCUCCAUAUCUCCUGUUCUGUCUCAUGUAGAAGUGGAUUAACUCAUCAACUUCAAAUUCAUUAGUGAUUCAAAAUCUUCAUCCAUCUUUUCUUCCAGCAUCCGGAUGAAGUGUUUCCAAAACAGAGAGGUAGGUCCUUCUUAAAUAGAUUUACAACUGAGACUGAUUGUUCUACUCCUAUGGUCAUUUUCACUGUGUGUGAUAGCUGCACUUAUACAACAUCACCAGCAGGGGGACCACUCUUGAGUUUUUGCUCAAUCUCUAAUAGUGAUUGGGCCUGAUAGAGUAAAGCAGUUUACUCCAAUGGCCUAAAUAUCUCUCUCUCUCUCUCUCAUCCUCUAGCUGUCCAAUGGGGUGCAGAUGGACGACCAUUCCACUUUCUGUUCUACACAGGAAAGCAGUCCUACUACUCUCUAAUGCACGUGAGUACUGGAUGUGUGUGUGUGUGUGUGUGUGUGUGUGUGUGUGUGUGUGUGUGUGUGUGUGUGUGUGAGAAAGAGACAGGGAGGAGAAAGACUGAUGGUGGAUGUUUUUCUGGAGGUAGAAUGCCCCCAGCCUUAGCCUCCAGGGCCCUAUUUAUGGGAGAGAGAGGCUUCUGAUCCCCAGGGAAAGGUGCUCCUGUCACAUCCCAUUUCACACACACAGCCAGAGCUAUAGCAGCAGGAGGGGUGGGGUAGGUGGGAGGGAGGGAGAGAGGGGUGGGGUAUGGAGGGAUGGAGAGAGAUGUGGAUAGAGGUAAGGAGGGAUGGAGAGAGGAGGAGCAGUGGAGAGGAAGGGGGGGAGAGUAUUUGGGAGAGGUGGGUUGAGGAAGGUAGGGAGGGGUGCAGACAGGGAGGGGGGGUGACUGUGUCUGUGACGGGCCCCUCUGUCCCUGUCCUAAAUCGUGUUUCAGGCCUGGCUCGGUGACUAUCAUGGCUGAUAGUCAGGCUUUGUGCCUGGAUGAGAGCUGCUCUGCCCUGGGGAUUUACCCAGAGAGGUAGAGGGUCCCUGGAGACUGGUGCUGUAGACUAGCUACCUACCCACCCAGCUUACCCUCCAUCUUUUGUCUUUUUCCUUCACUCUCCCUCUUUACCUUCCUCUUGUUUAUAUGGUUGAUUUGACCUUGGACAGAGGUGUGUUUCACCGGUAGAUAAGAGGUGUGUUUCACCGGUAGAUCAGAGGUGUGUUUCUCCGGUAGAUAAGAAGUGUGUUUCUCCGGUAGAUAAGAGGUGUGUUUCUCCGGUAGAUAAGAGGUGUGUUUCUCCGGUAGAUAAGAGGUGUGUUUCUCCGGUAGAUAAGAGGUGUGUUUCUCCGGUAGAUAAGAGGUGUGUUUCUCCGGUAGAUAAGAGGUGUGUUUCUCCGGUAGAUAAGAGGUGUGUUUCUCCGGUAGAUAAGAGGUGUGUUUCUCCGGUAGAUAAGAGGUGUGUUUCUCCGGUAGAUAAGAGGUGUGUUUCUCCGGUAGAUAAGAGGUGUGUUUCUCCGGUAGAUAAGAGGUGUGUUUCUCCGGUAGAUCAGAGGUGUGUUUCUCCGGUAGAUCAGAGGUGUGUUUCUCCGGUAGAUAAGAGGUGUGUUUCUCCGGUAGAUAAGAGGUGUGUUUCUCCGGUAGAUAAGAGGUGUGUUUCUCCGGUAGAUAAGAGGUGUGUUUCUCCGGUAGAUAAGAGGUGUGUUUCUCCGGUAGAUAAGAGGUGUGUUUCUCCGGUAGAUCAGAGGUGUGUUUCUCCGGUAGAUAAGAGGUGUGUGUAUCCUGGCAGUAUUUUGUCCUCUUGUCAAACCCCCCCCCACCCCUUGCCCUGCAGCAAACCCUGGCUCCCUGCUGUUAGUUUAAAUAAGGAUGUCAGACCAGACGUGUCUGAGAGGGAGGGAGGGAGGGCUGUCUGUCUCUCUGAGGGAAAACUCUCUCUUUUUCUCUCUAUUGCCCCCCCCCCCCCCGUCCUUUUGAUUUUCUCCCUCUUUCUCUCUGUUCUCUCUCUCCAUCUCUCCCCUCCCCCUCUCAGCCUAGACCCCUGCAGAGCAGCCCGACCAUGUACAACAAACACCCCAGUGUGCCUUGCAGGGGAGAAUUGAGUCUGGGAUUAAAAGGGGGACGGGUCACUACUCUCUCUGUUUCCCCUCUUUCUAUCCGUCUCUCUCACUACACAGCAUAUUGUUUGAUACCUUUGGAAUAAUCACAAUCCCAAGAUUUUAGUGCUAAUUAACUCCGUAAACACACAUCUACUUACAUGUGCACAGUACUUUAUUUACAGCCACAACACCUCCUCUCACCCCCAUAAUACAUCACACACACACACAGCUCUGCCAAGUCAGUGGAGUGUAAAGCUGACUGUGUGAAUGAGGAAGAGGCUUCCAGGUUGAGUGCUCUGUGGCUCUGGUGGGUUUAGCCAGCGUGGCACAUUAGCCCCCUCACUGCUCCACUGCCCUCUCUAUCUUAUCUACCCCCUACCCUACCCACUGCUGAGGGGAACCAGGGGAACCCCCCCUUCAUAUCUAAACCCCCUCUUACUACCUCAACGUGAUCAUGUUAGAGCGGGGUCUGUAGCCUCUGAAGCCAGAGGAGUUCAUUCUCAUAUUCCUCAGAGCUUUGCUAUAUAAGGACACACCGGUGAAGCCAUGCCAAAACCAUGCUAACAGGGUGCUUCACACUGCUUAUUGAAUUUGAAGAACUAGGAGUGAGUCAAGAGAGAGUUGAGUAUAAAAUAUUCAAGUAUAGGAGGCAUUCAUUUCUCUUCCAUAUUGCUUUCUCUCUAUGAUCGGCUUCUCGCAAAUGUGUAGAUCAUUGCGCCCCCUCGCCCACUAUCCUCCUCUCUUUCAUCCAGGCCUCUAUAUUUAUACCUGAAUCAUUUUCCAGCCAUUGUAGGGCCCAGUAUUCACAAAUGUGUAACGCAAAACCCCCUCACACCAACCCCUACCCUCCCUUUUUAUAAAGAUUUUUGUAUUACUUAUUUUUUUGUGACACAAAUUGGUUUUUGCUUGAUGUUUGCUUCCCCCCCCCCUCUGUCUGUCUGUCUCGCUCUCUGUGGCGGAGUGUUGGCGGAUUAGACUCCACUCUAUCAAGAAGGAAUUAAACAAACAUCUGCUGAAUAAUGGACAGGGAAAGGAGUUCUCGCCCAGUCGCGUGGAGGAGGGGGUGCAAGGGGGGUUGAGGCUGCUUCGGGACGUGACCAGAAUACCAGCCUGCCUGCCCGGCUCGGGUCUGGGCCCGCUACCGCCAGCCCCAACGUACCGUACCGCUUGAUGGGCUAACGCCAAGCUUGUGGGCGCGAUGCCAAUUUAGACAAGCGUGCCCGCGGACGGCGACUAGCUAGGGCUCUCGCUUCUCGGGGAGAAAGGAGGAGUCGGCUAUAGCCCAAGUGCUCCCCAAUUCAAUUUCCCCACCCAAUUAAAUCCAGCCAAGGAUGGGGAGAGAGAUGGGAUCUGCUUUCAUAAUGGAGAAUUCUCUCUCUUUCUCUAUCUCAAGGGUUUGUGUGUGUGUGUGUGUGUGUGUCAGAAUAUACAAUGCACUCCAUACUGGUCUUUUCUUGAUACAAUGCAAAUACAGAUUGUUAAUAUUGAGUGAAAGGUUCAUAGACCAUAUGGAGUUAGAUGUUGUUUUGUGUCCUCCUGGCCCAUUCAGGACACCUCCACUAAAGCCCUGGCAGUAGAGAAGCAACAGGACCGUCUGAGAGGAAAGGGUCUCUUCACCCAGGACACCAAGCAGAUGUGAGGGUGUUGUUUUCACUGAGCAGUGAAAUACUUUCACCAGUUAAUGUUGAUGCGUGUGUGUAUCUAACUGUGUCUGUCUUCAGUUCUCUGGUGGGUAGUCGGUGGUUGCUGAAAGAAGAGCUGGAGGAGUUGUUGGUGGAGAACAUCUCAGAUCACGAUGUAAGAAGGAGCUCUUUUAAUGUCAUCACAUCCAGAUAUCUGCUGCUUUCCCUCAUUCCUCCUCCUUCCCAGUUCUGCUGUGAUAGUAUUUACUGAGAAAAAAUACCUUAGAUAUCACUAGCUAGGUUUCCAUCCAAUUGGUGACAGAUUUUCAUGUGAAUAUUAAAAAAUCAGCAUAAAUAAAAUAUGCACAUGUCCCACCAGAGAAGAAUUGAAUUGUUCCAGAUAAAAGUAUGUGGGUGAUGAGGUAGUGCACAUAAAAAUAAAGUUUGAAUAAAAAAUACAAGUUAAAUGGAUUUCUCGCAUUUUCAACUCUGAUAGUUUUGUCACAAAUGUUGCGUUAUAUAGCGAAUGUGCCCACUGGUAUUGGUACGUGCGCUCUAGCCAACAGCUAGCAGAUAUAUUAUGGACAAAAGAGCGUAUUCUUUUAAUUUGUCAAAUGGCAGCCAAGCAUCGAUCAUCAUGUCACCAGAAUAAGACCCUCGAUAUUUAUUGGAAAGGAGCAUCAAGCUCAUCACCUUGCACUUUCACCACCUUGUGAAGUUCAUAACUUAUUUAAUCUGCUGCCUAAUAAAUUCCAUGCUUUCCCGAGUCGAAGUGGGAGGACCACGCAACAUAUCAUCGCCUGACUCCAGGUUUACUUCGAUAUGGUUAUUAUAUCAAUAUUUGCGCAUAAAAACGUUUCCACCGCCAUUUCUCGACAUCAUUAAAUUUACCGACACAAACAGAUCCCGACUUGUCUAGCGUAUUUUGUUUGUCAGCAUUUGGAAAGCUUGCCGAUAGAUUUACUGUUUCCAUCAUGCCUUCCAAUAUUUUAAAUGUAUUUGUAAUUUGUAUGUACUUUACUCACAUAAAAUGUUGGAUGGAAACCUGGUUAUGGGGAUCCUAGAUACUGUAUCACUGGUAUGAUGCAGUUCACCUAGUCACCACAAGAGGUUGUUGUUCAGACACUGAACAGAGCCAUACAACGCCAAUAGAAAGAAUGCGUGUGUGCUUAUGUUCUUACGCUCUGGGGUGAGGUUUCCCCUACAGAUCCAGGAUCAGCGUCCCCUCCCCCAAUCCUAACCUUUGCCAUUAGUGGGGGAAAUGCUAAACUGACCCAAGAUCAGCGUCUAAGGGAAACUCCUAUUCUUACAUGUUGUGUGUUUCACUCCUCAGUAUGCACGGUUCAUCCAGCUGAUGGAGAGGUUGCUGUCUCUGCCCUACUGCUCUGUGGAGGAGGACUUUGUCCAGCGGUACCGCAGACAGCUGGAGAUCCAGUCCUCCAAGCAGCAGGUCCAGCCACUACAGAACGACCAGCACGGAGUGGCAUACAGCACCGGAGAUGGUAAAACAGCAAUCAAUCAAUUAAUACGAUUGGGCUUUUAUCAAUCAAUUAAUCAAUAGCAUAGCAUUUAUUUACAUUUGUCUCAAAGCAGUUGACAGCAACCCGGGUCUAAAUUUCACGACAGUUUCAGUAAUCUCUUCCUUUCAAAGAAUCAACUACAGUCAUUGGUUGGCCAGGGCUUCAUGGUAAAAGAGAGAGAUCUAUCUCAAUGGGACUCACCUGGAGAAAUAAAGGAUAAUUCAUUUUGUGUCUGUGUGUGUGAAUGUGUGGUUCCCAGGCAGGAGGAAGACUGCUACAGCUACUGUCCUGCUGAGAGAUAGUGGCUCAGGAUCCAUCAGCAUCAACGGAACAAACUAUGUCCACUACUUCCCUGUCCUGCAAGACCGGUCUGUAUUCCUUCCCAUUAGACAUCCAUCUUAUUGUAUAAAAUAGCCUGUGCUUUCAGACCAGUACUGAUGAAGUAGGAGACCGAUCGGAGAGGAACCUUUAGAGGAUUUACAUGCCCCCCUUAGUGUUGCCUCACCCCCCAAAUACAUCAAAAGUCCCUGCUGCUUUCCACACGACACUCCUCUCCCAAUCCCUCCUUCACGUGCACGCCGUGCCACGUGCACUCUCAAACAAAACGCUGUUGAACAGUAGCGUUAUGUUGCACUUCACUGUGUUAUAGCUUCUUAUGUAUCUGGGAUAUAGCAGAGAUAAUUACACAACUGUGUGUGUGUGUGUGUGUUGGGGUGUUAUCUCCUGGGCUGAGGACAGACUGAGACAGGAAUAAUAGGACCUGAAGGAUGACGGUGGUUUGACUGUGUCAGCAAUACGCCUUUCAUUUAGUCUGUUGGGACGUGGGCCAGAACACUCAGAUACACACACCCCUCAUCUGUCUUUUUCAUGCUGAGUCAGAAGGUGACUGGUAGAAAUUGGUCUAGCAAGGUUAAAGGCUCUAUACACACAACACUGCCUUUAUCUGGUAUCUCACGUCAGUGUCUCCAUGAGUCAAAGAGUGACUGCUGUAGUCUAACUAUGACUCGGUCUCUCUAGCAGUAGUUUACAUCUUACGUCUCAUCAUCUGUAUCUCACUGUCCAGUGUCCACUCCAUUGACUGGCUCUUUGUGCAUCGCGCUCCUCGCCCCGAGCGCGUCGUUGCAUCCCUGUCUCUGGCCUCUAUCUCUGUGCAGAGAGAUCUCCUCUUUCUCAUCAGAUCUCGUCUCUAUCUCUCUCUCCUGUCUUGCAUCUCUUCUCUCUCUAUCUCGAUCUAUUCCUGAGCUCUCUCUUCUUUCUCUCUCUCUUCUCGUGCUCUCCUCGCUCUUUACGUUCUCUCUCUCUCUCAAUCCUUUCUCUCUCCCUCUCUCUCUCUCUCUCUAUCCUGUUCUCUCUCCCCCCCCCCCAUCUCUAUAUAUCCGUUCUCUCUCUCUCCUCCCCCCUCUCUCUCUCCCCCUGUUUUGUGCUCCUCUCUCUCUCAUUCUCUCCCUCGUAACCAACCCCUCUUUCUCCCUCCCUCCUUUCCACCUCUCUCCCUCUCUCCCUCCCUCAAUCAUUUUAUCCCUCCCCUCUCCAUACCCUUCCUUUAUCCUCCCUCCCCUCCCUUCUCUCCAUCCCCAUCCCUCUCCUCUCCCCCUGACAGGGAGCAGUUGAUGUUCCCCCUCCACUUCAUGGGGGUGCUGGGGAGGUUUGACAUGCAGUGCAGUGUGAGUGGCGGGGGCCAUUCCAGCCAGGCGGGGGCGCUACGCCUCGCCAUCUCCCGCGCCAUGCUCAGCUUCCUGUCUGAGGGACAGGUGGAGACCAUGAGACAAGGUGGAUAGUGGUACUACACACACACACAACCAAUGAGACACACACACACACACACAUCAUUCAGAAAGCUUCAUUAUCUAUUAAAUGUACAUCAAAUUAACAACAUUGGCUGCUGUUCCUCUGUUGCGUUGUCGUUGAUGUAUUAUACUGUUUUUGGUUUGACCUUUGACCUGCAUCUCUGCCUCCCUCUCAGCUGGGCUGCUGACCCCUGACCCCAGAAUAAAGGAGAGGAAGAAGCCGGGCCAGGAGGGAGCGAGGAGGAAGUUCACCUGGAAGAAACGCUGAGGUAGAGGAGAGAAUGGAACUGGACAGUGAGAAUGGUCCUGGCUCACAGAGCUCUGUCUAUUUUAGGACUAGCUGUCAGACUGCCAGAACACAGGGAAAUCAGAGCAACAUCUUAAUCAACAUUAUCUUCCUCUGAGGGCAGAACUGUUAUUAGUAAGUGGACAAAUUGUUCAUCCAACCCCUAUUUUAGCUUUUUGUAUGUCCCCUAAAGGUGUUUUAGAUCUGGGAAAUAGCCAUCAAGUAGAUGACUCAAAUACCUGUACAAAUGCAAAGGGGUUCUGUCCAUGUGAGGGCGGAAUUCCCAACUCCAUAUAGGCUGUAAUGUGUUUUCUCAGCCACCAGAGGGCCAUCUCUGACAACACACCUGUCCAUUGACUGUCUUUGUCUGUAUAUUGGAAAUAAAAUGUUGUUUUUCAUAUA